AUGUUUCGCACGGCCUCCAUGCUGUGGCAGACUUACAAUCUGAAACAUAAGAGUGGUGGCGGGGAAAGGUCCGCACAAGAGGAGAGUUUAGAACAACGGCUAUACUGGACAUGUCUCAAAUCCGAAUGUGAGGUUCGGUACGAGUUGUAUGAGCUGCCACCUUCCGAUCUCUCGCUGUCUGAUUUCCCAUUUGCGCUGCCCAACUUCCCCGUCCGACAAUCAUCGUACGGGAGUAGUCCAGAGCAUGCCCAAAGCCCUCCGGUAGCGGACCUGGAGUCGACCUCUUCCUAUUACUACCUUGCAGAGAUCUCUAUGCGAAGACUCCUUAACAGGGUUCGGAACGCUGUACGGGUCCUCUCACCUACCAUAGACAUCGCAACCAUUAAACAGCUCUCGGAAACGCUUUGCCACUUAGAGGACCAACUACACCAGUGGGUGAUAUGUUUACCGCCCGCUCUCCGCUUCAACAUGCCUCUCGAGUCACGCCCACCGCCCCAAGAGCCAGAGAUGGUGAAGCUAGUCCGCGAACGUUACGUGGAAGUCCGUGAGCUUCUCUGUCGGGCGUACCUCUACCUCUGCAUCCAUACACCGUUGGAUCGAGAGCUCGCAGCCGCAUUUGGAACGAAGGCGACCGAAGCCCUGCUCCUCGCGGUUUAUCGCAUCCAAAAUGAAGUGCCAUUUUUCCGGCAUCCAGGGUCAUGGGGCGCCUGCCGUGUUCGUUUCAACCAUGCGCUUUGCCUUGUCGCCGCCUUUCGAGCAAAGGUGGACGAAAUCCCCUCAGCCGAGUAUGUCAGCGUCCCGGUCAGCUGGGCGGCGUGUGUUCGGGUGGUUAUCGAGAGGUUGAAAAUAUGGGGUGAAGAAGGGGGCGGCAUCAAAGAAAUGGGUAUUUUAUUGGAAUGGUUGAUGCAUGGAAUUGUAUAA